AUGGAUCUGCUGAAAGAUUGGAUCGAGCCGCUGGUCGAACAGGCUUUUCGCCAGAGUGUGGACACAGAAGCCCAGAAGAAGCCCAGCUGCAGAGAGCUUGGGAAGACCAUUGACGAUGGGAGCAACUUUCGAACACCCGUCAAACGCCCCAAAUACACUCAGCUACUGGAGUGGUUACCAAAAACGCCUACCCCACAAGCUGUUCUUUCUGAUGGCCAUACAUGUAUUCGUGCGAGGUUCUCUGAGCGUGUUUGUCAGGAUUUUAAAAAGGAGAAUGGUUCAGACAUCCGAUCAAACCCGACACCAUGCCUUCUACGACUUUCAAAGCUCGAAAUUACCAUUGCACAAUUAUACACUUCACCCCCGGAAAUAACCCUUUAUAUUGAUGAAAUUAAAGUGGAAGGGUGUGUGAAAGAGGGUGUAUUUGGGAAUCCGAGAAACGUUGUUCAUUCCAAGGCUAUUCUUAAGAUAAGCGAUAAAUGGGUCGGCGAAAGACGGGCUCUAGCGAGGACGCUGGGGGCACGAAAUGAUAGCAGCGACGAUUCAGACUCGGAGUGCUCAGUAUCACCACCCGAUGCUGAUAACCCUAGUACUAUGGGAAGCCCAGAACCUGCGAGCCAUCGUGAUGAUUUAAUGUCAACUCAGGAAGGUAAAUGGUAUACUCAAGCGCCGACUCAUGUUAUUCCGCAGACGCCCAAAACUGAGGGUAAUGAGGACUCUGUUGCAAUUCAGCCAUUAAAUUCACAAGAUUUGAUGGAGGCUUUAGCACCGAAUAGGACAGCCUCUGGGAACAAGCCACGGCGCACAUCUACCAAAAAUGAUGACAAGCAAGAUACAAGCACGCCUGCGUCCAGGCAAACUACAUCAAACGCAACGCGUGUCGCAACUGCGCCAUUACCUGGAGGCACUACCCCAGCUUCUGUAACUUUUUCCCCGCGUGGGCAAGCGUCGCCCUACAGCGCUAGCAAACUUAGGCGGAAACCGAGCGCAGCCCCAUCUCAACCCGACCAGCAUAAAGCCAUACCAUCCCAUGAAGUAAUGACCGCUUCGGCAAGUCAACAUAUACUCUCCCCCGAAUCCCGAUACUCGAACGCCCUACCUCACCAAAAGGAAUCAAGAGCCACUGAACCAGUUGUUAACAGAGGCUUUUUCAGCAGCUGGAACAAGAUACGGCGACGAGAUGUGGUUAUACCCGAAUCUCAGCUGAAUUUGAUACAGAGCGCUGACUCCUGGAUACCCCCGGACACUGGGAGACGCGCUCCCCAGAAUUUCGUUCCCAUUGAGCUUCUGCAAGAAUGGAGUGAGAGCCAUAAAGCAAGGGUAUCAGCUACCAGAGAAACCAACCUACAAGAAAGUCCAGUCUUGGAUAACGGAGAAGUAGCGUCCUCAGUUGGUAGCCAAAUUCCCGACGAAGAUUGGCCUCCAUCACCAUCACCUCAAACUCCACUUGUGCCUCUCGAUAGUAGCCCACCACAAAGAACGGCAAAGUUGUCCACAACACUCUAUAGUAAUAUACCUGCCUCUGACCCUACCAAUUCAAUUGAUACCUCUACCCGCCCGCAGCUUACAAGUGCACCAAGUUUGGUUACGAAGGCUGGAGAACUAUCUGAUGAUGGAAGCUGUCAAGAUUCGGAAAUAGAACUUUCUAUUCCCAAGGAUUUGUAUACCUCAACACAAGAUUGUGACGUUCCCGCGGGAUCUACGAGAAUAGAAAAUGAUGAAGAUAUUACAAAUGUGUCCGAAACCCUACUAUCACAGCAAAUAAAAUCACAGCCUGCGCAUAGAUCAGAGGAGCCACAAACGCCAUCCACCCACCACAAACGCACCCACUCCAAUAUUCAAAGCGCUCAGAGCAGCACUGGUUCAUUUUCGGCUCGAGGUGCCAAACUAAAAUCUCCCAUCCAUGACCCCAGUACUCAAAAGUCCUUGCCAAACAGUGAUCAAAUGGCGCUUGCUUCCCAGUUCUCUGGGGACUGGAGCGGCAACUCAGGCAACUGCAAUGACUCUCUAAGUGUAUUACAGGUCCCCGGGUCCUCGCUGGAGAAUCCCAACCAUAAUACGGCCGUGCUUCCGUCGAUUGAGACUUCUACUCCUAUCUUAAUACUUGAUGAUACCAAUCAGAAACGAAAAUCCCGAGAAUAUCCAAAGGAUUUAGUAGGAUUCUCCCCUGCUGUACCUAGCCAACAGAACAACAAAAAGUUCGACAGAUUAUCCUUUUCUUCUCAAACAGAAGAAAUAUACUACAAAUUUCAACAGGCAUACAAAAAGUAUACUGGUAACCUGGCGGUUUUCAGAAAAGCAUGCUGCAGGCUACAAUCUCUUCGAAAUGAAGGUUUAAUGAAAAAGUCAGUGCUGUGGGAUGAUUUUGUUGCUCGUGAAGUGUUUGAAUACCAAGACUACGUACAAAGGUGCCGUCAGCAACGCAAGAAACCCAAUGCGUAUGGAGAUUACUUUGAAAAACAUGCCAAAUUUCCCUUGUACAAGCGGCGAAACCUAACAGUUAAGAAUCUUCAAACAGUGGUUACAGAGACAGAAGGUGAAAGUGACUGUGAUAGCGAGCAUGGAGAUGAAGUCAUGGAAGAAGCAACCCCUGAACUACAACAUAUUUCUACCUUACAACGUGCCGUUUUGGAGUCACCGUGCAAAUCGGAGACCCGAGACCCGGAGAGCGAGAAAACCGACUCAGAAAAAGAUUUGGAGGCUCCCUGUUUGCAUAAUAGGGCCAGUGUUGAGCUUGGUGACGACACGUACUUUCGUGUAUCCAUUAAUAAACCGCAGAAGAGGAAGGCAGCUCCUUUUAGAUUGGGGGUCGAAGAUGAAGAGAGUGGAGAAGAAGGUAUAUUCCAGUCUAUACGCGGGCGUUCACAUCAGCCUAUUCGCCCAAGUAAUGAACCAGCCAUGGUCCAGUCAACUGAACCUGACAUGGACGGUAUUCCUACCAAGAAGACCUAUCAAAAGCCUUCAAGGUCUUCAUCUCCUCUUCAAAAGUACACAACGGCUUCUUCCCACAUUAAGCAUAAACAACCAACCCUUCCAUCGAGAUCCAAGCCAUCUCGCACGAAGAGAUCACCUGCGCCUUCACUCCCGUCGAAUAGAAAAGCUCCCAGCUGCGAGAAGGCCGGAUCAGCCGAGACACCAGGAUCAUCUACUUGGUGGAAAGACCCUAAUACAUCACUCAAGAGAUUUUCGAGAGAUUAUGCGAGAAUCCCUGGCGAGUUGGGCACGGUUGGUUUAGGCUUAAAGUCCUCCGACAUCCCCGUCGAUGAAGCCGGCGUGAUGCUGAUAACCCCUCGCAAGCCGCUGCAGAAAGGAGGAAGGAUGAAUAGUAUGGGAUUCAGGUUAUAG